AUGUACCUUGCUUCUGCUGCCCCUAACACCAGCCUCUUGUGUGGCCUUGCAGGAGAGCCGUCGUCAGGGAGAGGGGCCGUGGGCGUUCCCAAAGGCUACUGGAACUUCUCGUGGGUGGCAGAGGACGACCUGAGCUUCCCCCUGGACUCGGCACCGGUGUCAAAGCCGUGGUGCCCUGGAAGCAGAGAGGCCUGUGAUCGCCAGCAGGACACCAGCCCAGAGUUCACCUGGAGCAUCGUAGCAGCCGGAGAUCGACACCACAAGAGCAAAGACAAGUCGGGAAGUCCGCAGGGCUGGGAGGAAGUCAAGGCCCGGGAGCUGGAUCCGGCCCGCAAACGAAUGAUCUUGGUCCCCGGGAUGAUGUUUGAUUAG